AAUAAAAACCCACACGGUCGCGCUUACUUAUGAUUUGACUUUUUAGAUUCAUGUGCGCCGUUGAUUUAGCCUGGAACCGCCUAAGAUGAUUGAUGAUGGUCCAACACCAACUAGUCAAUCGGAAUUGCAACUCUCUCCGUCUCGAGAUCCCGAUGCCGGAACACCAUCAGCUCCUGCUUCUUCCGAGGUUGAUAUGGGAGUUACUAGAAGUAGGUUCUAUAUCUGGUUCCUGUUCCUCUUUGUUACGGAUCUCGUGUCCUGCCGCACGCUCUCAGUGGAUCCGGAUCCGUGUGAUUCAAUGAACCAGAGAGACUUUCAGAAACUAAGAUCGGAUCAGAUCACCGUUCUAAUCAACGGUUACUCUGAAUACCGGAUUCCUCUUCUGCAAACCAUCGUGGCCUCUUAUUCUUCAUCCUCAAUCGUAUCAUCCAUCUUAGUCCUUUGGGGUAACCCUAGCACACCUGAUCAACUACUUGACCAGUUGUAUCAGAAUCUCACUCAGUAUUCGCCUGGUUCUGCUUCCAUCUCUCUAAUCCAGCAAUCUUCUAGCAGCCUCAACGCCAGAUUCCUCCCUCGUUCCUCUGUACACACUCGUGCUGUUCUGAUAUGUGAUGAUGAUGUCGAGAUUGAUCGGAGAUCGUUGGAAUUCGCAUUUUCCGUGUGGAAGUCCAAUCCUGAUCGUCUUGUAGGAACGUUUGUGAGGUCACACGGUUUCGAUUUGCAGGGAAAAGAGUGGAUAUACACUGUGCAUCCAGAUAAAUACUCCAUCGUGCUGACCAAGUUCAUGAUGAUGAAACAAGAUUAUCUUUAUGAGUAUAGCUGCAAGGGAGGUGUGGAGAUGGAGGAGAUGAGGAUGAUUGUGGACCGAAUGCGUAACUGCGAGGAUAUACUGUUGAAUUUUGUAGCUGCAGAUAGGUUAAGGGCAGGGCCAAUCAUGGUUGGAGCAGAGAGAGUUAGGGAUUGGGGAGAUGCGCGUAACGAAGAAGAACAAGUAGUUGAUGAGAGAGUAAGAGAUGCAGGAUUGAGCAGUAGAAGAGUGGAACAUAGGAAGAGAAGAGGGAAGUGCAUCAGGGAGUUUCAUAGAGUUAUGGGGAAGAUGCCAUUGAUGUAUAGUUAUGGUAAAGUUGUCGACUCUGUUGGGGAACAAGGAUUGUGUCGUAAAGCCGGAAAGCUUGUGUUUUGUGACCGAGAUUGAACGCUCUCUAUAGUUUGUAAAUUUGGUGAUCUUAAAAUCCUAAAAGGAUGUGCAAGUUCAUCAAUCGUAUACUGGGUGCCAAAGAUAGGGUGUGGUUUAAAGAUAGGGUGCCAAAGCAUGCCUUCAUCUGCUGGGUGGUUGCUUGGAACCGUUUGCAUACGAGGGACAGAUUGUCUAGUUGGGGUUUGAUUACACCAACUCUGUGUGUUCUGUGUAAUACCAGAGAUGAAUCUCGCGAUCACUUGUUUUUCGAAUGCGAGUAUAGUGGUGCGGUCUGGAGAUUCUUUAUGACUAGAGCGGGGUUAUCUCCUCCAAAUCAGUUCAUGGAUGCUCUCCUCUGGUUAAAGACUGCCACUACAUCCAGGAAUUUGUCUCUUAUCAUCAAACUCAUCUUUCAGGCAACGAUCUAUCUUGUUUGGAGAGAGCGAAAUGAGCGAAUUCAUUCCGAUUCUUCAAGAACUCCUCAGCUGAUUAUUAAAGAAAUACAAUUGAUCAUCAGAGCGAGGCUGGAUCCUAUCUCUAGGGCUCAGUCGUCUGUUCCUCUCGGAUCUUCCCUCUUGGUAACUUGGUUUUCUCUUUUCCAGGAUCCUUAAAGGCGUCAGGUUGGUGUUCGUGCUGGCUCAAUGCUGGUUUGGUUUGCUUUUUCUGGGUUUGGGCCUGUCUUCUGCUCUGGUUUUCUUUUGUUUGCACCUUGUGGUCGUCUGGGCCUAUGGGUUGUGUCUGUUGUUUCUAAGUUUUCUGUUGGGCCUUGUGGCCGUCAUGGGCCUUCGGGCUAUGUAUGCUUUUUUCUUUUUAAUGGAAAUUAAGUAAUUUAAAA